UAAACAGGAAGUACAGCGUGCAGCAGUAUAGUGGGUGACAGACGGUGAUGUGCACUUCCAGUAACCUGCAGAAAAAUGACAGAAGACUCUCAGAGAAAUUUCAGGUCAGUUUACUAUGAAAAAGUUGGAUUUCGUGGAGUAGAGGAGAAAAAAUCACUGGAAAUCUUGCUGAAAGAUGACCGUUUAGAUAUUGAAAAACUUUGCACAUUCAGUCAGAGGUUUCCCCUCCCAUCCAUGUACAGGAUGUUUGUGUGGAAGGUGCUUCUAGGAAUCCUUCCACCUCACCGUGAGACCCACGCUGUAGUGAUGGAGUAUAGGAAGCAGCAGUAUGAAGAUGUGCACCAUGCACUAGAGGUUAUCUGUUUUAUCAAUGAAUCUACUCCAAAGACUGAAGUUUUCCUUCACAUGCAUCAUCUGGAAACAGGGAAGCUCUCUCGGAGUCAUACAUACCUGAACCCAGAAGAUGAGUUUUUUCUUGCUAUUGCCAGCACAAUGGAGGAGAUGGUGGAAGGUGAUGAUAUUGAAUGUUACUGGCUCAUUAAAUGUUUUGUACAUCAUUUGGAUACCAAGUUUAGAGAUUCACAACCUCAGCUGCAGAAAGCUUUUGAGCAUUAUCUGAAUUUGGAAGAUAACAGACUUGUAGCUCAUCUUAAAACAUGUGGAGCAUUUGAUAAGCUUCCCUAUAAUCUCUGGUUCAAGAAAUGUUUUGCGGGCUGUUUGCCAGCAUCCAGCUUACAGAGGGUUUGGGAUAAACUUGUGAGUGGUUCCUGCAAGAUUCUAGUCUUUGUUGCUGUGGAGAUUAUAUUAACCUUCAAGAUGAAAAUAAUAGCAUUAACCACUGCAGAUAGUAUAAAUGAAUUUCUUGAAAAAAUCCCUCAAGACAACACAGAUCCGAUAGUAAGCAAAGCUAUAGAUUUAUGGCACAAACACUGUGGCAUACCUGCACAUUCUGUAUGAUAUUACACAGUCAUUAAUGAAUUGUAAAUAGGUUUCUAAUUAUUUAAGUCUCAGUAUCUGAAUCUUGUAUAUAGAAGGAGUAUUAAUACUUCAGCUGUUUAUUUGAGCAAAUAAAAUUGCUUGAAAUUGA